UUACUUAUCCCCAAAACCCCAUUACUAUUCUCUGCAGGGAAAAAGAAUCUGGAGGGUUUCUUUCUCCAAAGGAGUGCCUUUUUCCCCAGCUCCUCCGUUUCCUACUUGAUCAGAUCUAAUGUCUCUCUCGUAAUAAUUCUCUGGGGAGACAACAUCGGACGGUGUUUCUGCGGAGUGGGUUCUUGCCCUUUUCGUGAAAUGAGAUCCCAUCGCUGAGAGACGGGUCUGUUUAAGGAAGAUUUUCUUCAUGUAUGAAGCGAAAAAUCGGUUCUUGCUCAUUGUUUUGGGACAUCCUCCCAUGAGAAUCGGGACCCGCCUGGUAAAGAUCCUUUCUCGUGAGGGGUGCUGACUGUUUGGACAGUUGGGUCAUUGAAGAUGAUUCAGCUUCUCUUCUUUGUUCUCUUCGUUGAGGGAGCUCUUGCUUUCCUUCUGCUGGUCAAGAUUGGUCCGCUGAGGGAUCUCGUGAUAAAGAGCUUGGAUCAGCUGAAGAUGGGGAAGGGCCCUGCUACUGUUAAGACCAUAGCCGGGACCAUGUCCGUGAUCCUGCUCUCGAGCCUCAUGAGCAUUGUCAAGAUCCAGAACAAGGGUGCUAAGCUUGGAACCAUGUCUCCCAUGGACCAGGUCCUGUGGAGGACCCACCUGCUCGAAGCUUCACUCAUGGGUUUCACUUUGUUUCUCGGGUUCAUAAUUGACCGAAUGCACCAUUAUCUUCAAAAGCUUCGUAGACUCAGGAACAAUGCUGGAGCGUCCAAAGAUGAAGUGGAGAAGCUCCAGAAGGAACGGUCGGAGCUCAAGGAGAAGGAAGGGAAGACCUCCAAGGAAGUCAAGCAGCUCCAAGAAGAAAUCUCUAAAUUGUUGGAGAAUUUGAAGAAGCUGAAGUCUGAAAAUGAAGAGAAAGAUAAGAAAGUUGAAACUGCUGAAGCUCAUGUUGUCGCCCUUCAAAAACAAUCUGCUGAGCUACUUCUCGAGUAUGACCGCUUACUAGAAGAAAACCAGAAUCUUCAAUCUCUAGGACAUAGGACCUGAGAUGCAUUCCGAGAAAGAAAAUAGUUCAGAACCGGGAAUUAUUUUUCAUCACCUUUGACAUCGAUCAAACAUCUUCUGCAGUGAAAAAAUACCUGUGCUACGGUGUUGGUUGGCAAGAGAAAAGAUAGGUUAUGAGUUUACUUGGCAACUUAAGUAGUCGAGUUUUUGUACUCUUCAAGAUUGGAAUCUAGAGCUCUAGUUCUGUCGGAUUUGUCGUUCGGCUUAAGGCUCUUUUCACUCCUUGUCCCUUAGUUUUAUCUUUUUCUCAAUAGGAUAGAUGUCUUUAACAUUGGUUGGUUUAGAUCUGCUGCCAUUAUCAAACAGUUGUUUCAAUUGAAGGGCUGUGCCAUCUAGUUAUGGGUCUUGCAAUGUUAUACCGAGUUCCUGCUGAAACCGAAGCAGUGUAUCAUUGGAUUUAUACAAACUUCUUAUUCGGUUUCUCAAA